UAAUCAAAUAUCAGAUACCAUUCAUGGCUUCUUUACAAGUUUCAGAUAGCCUUUUUUAUUCAUCUUCGUGUCGCUCUUCAAAUAGAAUAAAUGCUGCUAUAUCUGUCCCAAAACUCCCAAGAAUCAGUUUGUCUCCUCCAAAAAAACGGAGUAUAGACUUGGUUGAGCAACUGAGGAUGAGAGCUAACAAAAAUACAAGCUCAAUCCCAGUAGAAAAGAUUGUCCCUAGCACAGCAAUACAAGAAAACAAUGCUGACGACUCUACUAAUUCAAUGGUGACAGCCCAACUUUACGCUAUCUUAGAGUCUGUUGCUGAUAGAGUUGAGAUGCACAACAACCUGGGCCAGCAACGUGACAACUGGAACACCCUUCUGUUGAACUCUAUCAACAUGAUUUCUCUCACUGCUACCACCAUGGCUGGUGUUGCUGCAACUGGUGGCGCAGGCGUUUCAUCACUUUUGGCUUUGAAGUUAUCAUCAACUCUCUUGUUCUCUGCAGCCGCUGGGAUGAUGGUUAUGGUGAACAAGAUUCAGCCCUCACAACUUGCAGAAGAGCAACGUAAUGCAGCAAGAUUGUUCAAGCAGCUCCAGAGAGAAAUACAAACCGUCCUUGCUCUAAGGGUUCCCAGUGAAGCCGACGUGAAAGAAGCAAUGGAGAAAGUUUUAGCGCUUGACCAAGCAUACCCACUUCCCUUGCUAGGUAAAAUGAUAGAAAAGUUCCCUAAAACAUUUGAGCCUGCUGUGUGGUGGCCAUCAAAUCACUCCCAGGCAAACAAUAAAAACACAUAUGAAAGAGAGCAAAGUAGCAUGAAUACGGAGAAAAAUGGAUGGCGUGAAGAUCUGGAAGUGGAAAUGAGAGAGAUUAUUGGAGUAUUAAAGACAAAAGAUACAGAAGAUUACAUGAGACUAGGCAACCUGGUGUUGAAGAUAAACAAGAUUCUAGCCAUCUCAGGGCCAUUACUCACUGGCAUUGCAGCCGUUGGGUCGGCUUUCCUGGGGUCUCCUCACGGGUCAUGGGCUGCUGUCGUUGCGAUGGCUGCAGGCGCAUUAGCUACCACAGUUAACACAUUGGAGCAUGGUGGACAAGUCGGUAUGUUGUUGGAGAUGUACAGAUACUGCGCUGGCUCCUUCAAACUUCUGGAGGAAUCAAUUGACGCAACUCUCAAUGAAAGUGAAGUGGAGAAGAGAGAAAAUGGGGAGAUGUUUGAACAGAAAGUAGCUUUACAGUUGGCAAGAAGCACUUCUCAACUGAGAGAUCUUUCCGAAAAAUCAAUGUACUCUCGCAUAGAUGGAGCCGAACUAGAGGAGUUUGCAAGUAAACUUUUCUGAUCGGAGAUAAUUUACAUUUUUUUAUUCUUGUGAUAACAAAUAUAUAUCCAGUGUGUAAUCAUGUAUAGAGAAGAUAUU